GUUCUCAUCUCAGACCUUGUUAUCCCGGGAAGUGUUAUGGCAGUACAUGUGUCUGCUCAGAUGGAUUUGGUGGAGGGAGCUGCUUAAAUUUGCAAAGCCGUGAUUUCUUGCCAACUAUAGAGAAGAUCAAUGCCACCUUCACCUAUCACCAAGAAACGAAAAAUAUAGAUCAAUACAGUUACAAAAGUGAUGCCACUCACAUGACAACGGCUGACAUAACAUGGACAAACCAAGGGAAGUUCAAUAAGCUGGAAUUUCAUUUGAAAGCCUCAUUAGACGAUAAAUAUGUAUUUUCCCGUAACCCAAGUCUACCAAGCUACAUCAGGACGGUAAAGUUUGGGAUUGUUUCUGCCAAUGCAACUGUUAUACAUACGAAACUGAGAAAUGGAGGUCACAUUGAGGCAAAACGUAGAAACCUUGAAUGCCCGAAUCUUUCUAGUACAACACCGAAAACCGAUUUAUCAUGCGAUUUGAAAACCACUUAUAUAAUACAGUUUGACUCCGGUGACAGGUACAAGAUACAUUUUUCUGUAAGUACUGGUGGAUACAGACAACUUUUAAGAAAUGGUUAUUACUAUGCUCAACAAACCUAUAAUGCCAUUAAGACCGAAAAUUCAAUGGAACUACGUUUUGAUUACGACGACCCAAUUCACUGUUCUGAAGAUUCUAGCUGUACUUCGGGAGAAGUUCCAUUCAUUUUACGUCACGAUGUUACAAAGGGUGCACUUAAUCCCCAUUGGUCUGGAUGGAAAGACGAGUUAUCAGGAAUAUUGAGAUAUGUAUUUGAAGUUUGGAAAAUGGAGUAUAGUUACGACCACAAAGGAUUAAGGGAACCUCUCAUCAAUAGGACCUUUAAUCCAGUACCUUUGUUUAUACAAGAAGUGAAUGGCAGCGACAAUAUUUCCUUUCCGACCUAUGAACCCAAUGCCCCUGGUGUGUACUCAACCAUACUAGAAGUAAAUGAUAAAGCGAACAAUUCUAAAUAUGCAAGACAAGUAGCAAUAUAUGACAGAACGUCUAAUAUAUCAACUAGCUCUGCAAAUGUGAUUAUUGUUACCACUGCGUCCGAACUGUCAAAUUUUACAUGGCAAACAAGUCAGUUUUCGAAAAUUGAUGUUACAUGGUCUGGUCAUUUCGUGAAUGAAGUUCAUGAAAAGGGAUAUUUCCUUGAAAAAGUACUUGAAUACGCCCCACGCCUUGAUGAUGGAAAAGCAGGAAGGCGUCAUGACUACAAGAAAAUAAUUCCGAGUUUUGAUGAUAAAACUGGUGUAAGAAAUAAAGCUGUAAUACCAAAUAUAAAAUCCAUCAUUCGUUUUGAGACUGUUGGUAUACCUGGUAUUCCUACGUCUGUAGCUCCAAAAAUGGGUUGGGAAGAUGUUGUACCUUUAAAUGACAAAAAAAGUUUCCCGCUUUUUGACAUUCGUGAUGGAGAUUCUUAUCAAUUUUGGAUUCGUGCACAUGAUGUAAUGGGUAAUAGUAAAGUUGAUGCUACUGCUGUACAUUUCGACAGAAGUAAACCUAUUGUUCAUUCGGUACAAAUUAAGUAUAACAUUGACGAUGGAGAAUACCCAUUCUCAAGCAGAGUGCGUGUUUCAGCAAGAGAUGACCACAGUGGAGUUAGAAAAGUAUCAUUCAGAUUUGUUGUAAAUGGAACUCUGAACGAAAAGGCAAAAAAAGAUUUCCUUAUUGAAACACAGUCAAAAGAAACAUGCAACCUCAUACCAAGUGAUUGUUACUGCGUUAAAAUGGGUGAAUGCUUCCUGAAAGACACUGUUUUAGAUAUUAACAACUGCUGGUUAAAGGUUCCAAUAAACCAAGUAGCCAACUUUGUUCUUUUGUUGGAAGUAACAGUGUACAACUCUGCAAUGUUAUCGUCUCAAAAAUACGAAAUUAUUGGAACGGUUAAACACUUGCAAGGUAUACAACAAUACUACAGCCCAUCAAAUAUUACUGUAGUAUCAAGAACUUCCUCUAGUGUCAGCAUUACGUGGAUCCAGGCAAAAACUUGUUAUGAACGAGCUGGAAUAGUCAUCAUCUUAUACACACCUGACAAUACGACAAAGAAGUUCCCAGUCGACAAAGAUGCUACAACCUUUGAUCUUUCAGGAUUAUCCUCUUUAACCUCGUAUUGGUUUCUUAUUUACACAAAGUAUGGAAACGACACGAAUGUUGUUACCAGUACAAAUCCUGCUAAGUUUGCAUUUACAACACGAAAAAAAGAGAUCGGUUUACCGCCAUCUGGAAUUGCAGGAAUAGUAGGAGGUUUUAUUGUACUUCUAAUAGUUGUUAUAAUUGUCUUGGUAUUCCUUGGAAGGACUGGACGAUUACAGCCAGCCAAACAACGUGUUACAGCCGGUAUACGUACAGUCAGAAAUACUAUUCGAGUGCGACCUACAACGCAUUCAUUAAAUAAUCGGGCCACCGUUUCGAAGGAGGACGACGAUAUUUACUUCUACGGUGGAAUGGAGAUGAAGGAAAACAAUAUGAAAAUAUCGCGCAAAGAUAUAUCUUUGGAAUCUGAAUUGGCUCGCGGAAGAUUUGCUGUGAUUUUCCUGGCGAAGUAUUACAAUAAAAGCGAGUGCCAUGAAGUUGUUGCAAAAACAUUAAAAGAUGACCAGAAAGCAGAAGCCAUUAUGAAAAUGAAAGCGAAAAUAAAUUUCUAUACUAAGAAAGUUGGUCGUCAAAAAAAUGUAUUGGAGUUUAUUGGCAGUGUUGAAGAUGAAGUUCGUGGACCAAUGAUGAUACUAGAAUAUUGUUCAAAGGGGGUUCUGAAGCAAUUUCUAGAAGCAAUAAAGUCAAACAUGUCCGUUGACAUUGAAGAAAAACUGUUUAGAAUGGUAUUUGGAAUAUGCCAAGGAAUGGAUUUUUUAGCCUCAAAGCAAGUUGUUCACAGACGUUUGGCUGCACGGAAUAUAUUACUGAAUAGCAUGUAUGAACCAAAGAUCACAGGAUUUGGUCCAGACCCUAGUUAUGACGAAGGAGAGGACAACCCUGGGAAUGAACGAAUACCUAUCAAGUGGGUGGCUCCAGAAUGUAUGAAGUCAACACAAUAUGCCAAUGAGUUGAGCGACGUUUGGUCUUUCGGAAUUGUCAUGUGGGAAAUAUUCUCACUCGGUGAAACACCGUAUCCCGGAUUACAGAGCAGAGAAGUCCCAGGGAAAUUAAAAAAAGGAUACAAGAUGACGAAGCCAGAACUUUGUGAUGAUGCAUUCUAUGCAGUAAUGCUGAAAUGUUGGCAUUAUGAUCCUCGGAAACGUUCAGGUUUUGAACAACUUAAGGAACAGAUGAAUAGCAUGUUCACCGAGGCUCCUGGGGAUGAUUAUUAUUACAGAACAAACGAUCUGUAAACGUUAAUGUCAAAUUUGAUGAACACACAGAUUGCCAAUUAUAUGGAUUAUUCAAAAGAUUUAACACAGCUUGAACAAUUGCAUCGUUUUCAUGUACUUAUAUUCCGUUUUCUUUCUUUUCUUUUUCAUUGUAUUAGAAAUAAAUUGUAGAUUUAAAAGUAGCCGUGUAGCACUGCAUACAUUAUGUUCAAUUAAAUAUUUGAUCGAUAAUUCUAUUUAAGCUGAGAACAGCAGAAACAGAAAGACUUUAUCUAUAAUAUUGUGUUACUAUUAUAUGGAAAGAACUAUUUCAAGAACGCUUUAUUAUAGCUUGAAAAAUUGCAUUGCAUUCGUAUACUUUUAUUGCUUUUUUAAUUCUUUUUUUAUUUUACUGUAAUACCAAAUAUUGUACAGCAAUUCAUUAUUUAAAAUCAAAGAAUUGACAGAAGAAUACAAAUUAAGUUAAUGACAGUAAAUAAAAAGGAAAGAAAGACGUUAUGUAUAUUUCUAUAUAAAAAGAACUUCUGGGGAAGCAAUCGUUUUCAAAUAUUUUGAGAAACUAAUGUUUUGAUCUCCGUGCUAGAUUUGGAAAAAAAUAAAUAAAAAGGAUUAUAUAUUUAUAAAUCAUGAUAAAUCAAAGUAGACAAGUAUAUCCUUCCUCAUAUUAUCGAAACAACCGCACGUUUCUUAAUAACAAACAUUUUUUAGUUGUACGGAUGCCUUAUUGGUAUGCGUUUUCGCAGAAUUGUAGGUCAACACUUCAAUGGGUAUGGACAUCUUACAAUAAGUUACGUAAAACUGUUUUCAUUAAUUGAACAAUUUAAAAUUAGAAAUAACAAGUACAUCAUUUUUUAAUUAAUAAAACUACAUUCAGUCUUUGAAAUUUUUGUUGUUAGAUUUUAUGUCUAGGGGAUGACCUUUUGAUUUUCUUGGGAGGGGGCCAGGAGGAUUAAAUGGCUUGGCCUGGUAAGAAAUGGAAAUAAAAAACUUUGCAUAAGACAGAAUGAAAAUGAAUAUUAUGCAACAAAAAUGCAGGGAACAAAUGUGUACAAAAUGAAAAUAAAUUUUCGCUUGGAAAAAAAAUAAGCAUGCAUAGCAACAGAUGAAAGCAAAUGAUAAAUCCGGGAAAUUCUUCCUAACCCCUCCCUCUAAUAUCAAAUGGUCGUCCCCCUUCUAUAAUUGAACGGAGAACUAAUAUCGAACGUGUUAUAUUUGUCCACAUGCCACUAACUUUGCAUUCAAGAUAUAGACUCCAAUAAUAUAAUGUAUAAGCAAAAUUUUUUUUCUUGAGUCAUAAGUUACUAAACUUUUGUCACGUUCAUGACAUUUUAAAUAAUAAUAAUAAUCUUUUAUACAAGAACCUCAAAGUGCAAUGCUUUGUCGCUGGAUCACCUACAUGUAUACUUUUCAGUUAGAUUUUUAAAUUAGAAAAAAAAAUCAAUAAAAAAAAAUGUAUUUUU